AUGCCCGCUCUUCUCCAACAGGUUGACCCUUCUCCAAUUCCUAUAGACCGCCUUCCUCCAGAGCUCUUGAUCGAAAUAUUUGCGCUAUGUGGUCAGGAUGCCGACCACGGUCUCACUCCGCUUACCCUCGGAAGCGUCUGCCACUAUUGGCGGGACACUGUCUAUAGCUCAUGUCGUGUAUGGCAGCAUCUCUAUCUAAAUGACAUGCGCAACCCGCAUGCUUCCCAAUGCCAAGCUAGGCUUUGGCUUGCGCGAUGUCAUCCAUUGCCCAUCUACAUCCAUGUCCACCUCGAUCAAUCUGUAGACAUGCUGCUACCUCUGCUUUCUCCCAUCUUGCCACUGCUGUACCUAUGGGGGAGAUGCACCAUCACCGGAAAGCUGCAGGAAGAUAUCGAAUUUCCAGAGUUGGGGGAGACAAAAGGUCGGUUGGCCCAGCUGCAGGUCAUCGUGAAGGGCCUCUCCGGGACGGACGGAAACCCUGAUUCUGAUGUCGAUGGAGAGCCCGUACCCACAUUCCGCUCAUUCCACCCAUUGGGACCAAAUCUCUAUCAUGAUGUCCUUAUGCGCGUCUCGGUCAGCGCCCUGCCGGAGCUGAACCUCAUGUCACCCCUCCGUAUCACCUCACUCACCAUAACCGAAUAUUCCCUCUCAGUUUCGACCGACGCCGCGCGCAUGCUCGGAUUUCUCACCUCGCUGCCCUUGCUCCAUACGUUCAAUUUCUACGGUUGGCCUCACGAGAGCACGACCGAAGCAAACGGCUCUCUUUCUCCCGUGGUGCCCCUUCUGCGUCUGCGUACGCUGCUCCUGCGCAGUACGUGCGCGGUACGGACACUGCUCUCGCACAUUCACGCGCCAGCCCUGAGGGAGCUGUAUCUCGAGCACACGAACGUCGACUUCGAGCUGCUGCACGACCCGUACGCGCACGCACACGAGGACGGCGACAGCGAGGACGAGGCGCACGACUUCUCACAGAGCCCGUGGAGCGACCACGCGACGGGCAUGGGCCUGCGCACGCUCGUGCGCCGCAGCCGCCCCCCGCUGCGCGUGCUCGAGAUGGACUAUGCGGACAUGCGCACGAAGGACUUUCGGUGGUGUUUCGACCGCCUCGACCAACUGCAAGAGUUCCGCAUCGUCGCAUCGGACAUGUCGAAUACCGUCAUUGGCAUGCUCGCGCCGUUCAGGCCUAAUGCGCGACCGUCACCCAUCGUGGACGGGGAUGGUGCAAAGCCGACUGUUGAGCAGGAGGUCGCGCCGCUGCGCGUGCGCCUCCCGCAUUUGAUCAGCCUCGAGCUAUGGCAUUGCCAGCGGUUGGCGGGCGACGCGGUCGUCGCUGCUCUGUGCGAGCGGGUCGCUUUUACUGAUGCGGCUUCUGUCGGAAACGCUGAGGUCGAGACGCUGGGCGAUGUCGCGGUCAUUGGGUGCUCGGACUUCCUGUUCCACCAUGCGGUGGAACUCGCGCCUGUGCUGGGGAACCGGUUGCGCAUAACAUGA